GAGAAAGGAGGAGGGGGGGGAGGAGGAAGCCGCUCUCCCUCUGCUCUGCUCUCAGCCCAGCCUGCUUAGGAGGAGGGAGCACGGGAGAAGAUUGGGGGUGUGGAAGGAACUGUCUAUCAUGUCGGUUGCCAUGACGAGAGGGUGGGGCUGGAAGCCGACCGGGCCUAUCAGGGGCGGGCGCUGCUGGUGUCGCCAUGGUGACGGGGUUGUUCCUGGUGGAAGGCUGUGAUCGGUUGACAGGUGUGUGACAAUCGGAGCUUUCUGCAAGCAUGUACGCCAAAGGCAAGAGUAACAGCGUACCGUCCGACAGCCAGGCCAGGGAGAAGUUAGCAUUGUAUGUAUAUGAAUACCUGUUGCACGUUGGCGCACAGAAAUCGGCCCAGACGUUUUUGUCAGAGAUAAGAUGGGAAAAAAACAUCACACUGGGAGAACCCCCUGGAUUCCUACAUUCUUGGUGGUGUGUAUUUUGGGAUCUGUACUGUGCAGCACCAGAAAGACGGGAAACCUGUGAGCAUUCGAGUGAAGCGAAAGCCUUCCAUGAUUAUAGUGCUGCAGCUGCCCCCAGUCCAGUUCUUGGGAAUAUGCCUCCAGGGGAUGGAAUGCCAGUGGGCCCAGUUCCUCCAGGCUUCUUCCAGGGCCCACCAGGUUCCCAGUUGUCACUGCAUGCACAGCACCUACCUCUCAACCUCAGCAAUUCCAUGAUAGGACCCCACAAUCAGCCAUUUAUGUCACCCCGGUAUCCUGGUGGUCCCAGGCCCCCCUUAAGAAUACCUAACCAGGGACUGGGGGGUGUUCCUGGAAGCCAAACGUUACUUCCUGGUGGAAUAGACCCAUCAAGGCAACAAGGACAUCCAAACAUGGGUGGGCCCAUGCAGAGAAUGAGUGGCCCAAGGGGAAUGGUUCCUUUAGGCCCACAGAGUUAUGGAGGGGGAAUGAGACCGCCGCUGAAUGCACUUGGUGGCCCUGCCAUGCCGGGAAUGAACAUGGGUCCUGGAGGUGGCAGGCCAUGGCCCAAUCCAGGCAAUGCUAAUUCGAUACCCUACUCGUCUGCGUCUCCCGGGAAUUACGUAGGUCCUCCGGGAGGUGGAGGUCCACCAGGAACCCCAAUCAUGCCAAGCCCAGCAGAUUCCACAAAUUCUGGAGAUAACAUGUACACUUUAAUGAAUGCAGUACCUCCGGGAGGCAACAGACCUAAUUUUCCAAUGGGUCCUGGCUCAGAUGGGCCAAUGAGUGGACUAGGUGGAAUGGAACCACACCACAUAAAUGGCUCAUUAGGUUCAGGGGACAUGGACAGUAUUUCCAAGAACUCUCCCAAUAACAUGAAUCUGAGUAACCAGCCAGGCACACCAAGGGAUGAUGGAGAAAUGGGAGGAAAUUUCUUAAACCCCUUUCAGAAUGAGAGUCAAAAUAAAUGUGAGCUAUGCUUGGAACUGGCCAGAGUGAGACCCCAGCGCUAAGCUUGACUUUGCUCCCGUUGCAGUAUUCUCCUAGCAUGACAAUGAGUGUGUGAUUCCUCAUCAAGUCUCAUCAUGAAGACUCAGCGAGUCAGUCCUCUUCCCAGAUCUCCAACCGAAGAGAACCAUCCAUCAACCGUACACUUUAACCGACGGACCCCGGUCCCUGCCGCACAAACCUUUUCUUUAUGUUGCCAUGCGCCCUCUUGUGUGAAGGAGCCGGUCCCAACCCAGACUCAAGCAGCUGUAAAGAGGUGGCAUAUGUAAGGAUUGCCCUGAACAGAACUGCAAUUUAUCAUCUGUACAUAUAUAUAUAAAUAUAUAUAAAUAUAUAUAUAUUCCCACAGGACAUUGUAAAAGGAUAUUAUCACAUGCCAUCUUAGGUAGCGAGACAUAGAGACUUUUAUUCCAACAUUUUGAUUUUUUUCUCGUUUUGGGUUUUUGUUGUUGGUUUUUGUUUUUCCGCGUUUACAUUUUAAUUAUGAAAUGUUGCAUUUUCUCCCUGAACUAUUUUGUGCUGUGUAUAUCACUGCUUAAUAAGUUAUUUUUUAAGGUAAACUCAAAUGUUGUUCUGGUUUUGUAAAUGUCUGCAAUCAUGGAUAGGAAUAAAAUGCUUAUGAGUGCUUUUAUUAAA